UGUGGUAAUUUAUGAGAGGUUUUAUUUCUAAAGUUGUUGCUGAAUUAACCUUGACUCAAAGGAGAAUAAGUGUUACUCCGAGAGGUAUGGGCAUUUGCUGAAGGGCCUGGGUUUUUAUUUUCAAUUUGCCACUAAGGUUGAAGGUCUCUGAGGAAGGCAGCCCCGUGAUCAAGAAAAAUGGGCUUCAUUCAACUGCUGAAAUCACAGUUCCUGAGUCACCUCAUCUUCUGCUAUGUGUUCCUGGCCAGCGGCCUCAUUGUCAACCUGUUGCAGUUCUGUACUCUCCCUCUGUGGCUGGUCAGUAAGAAGCUGGCCCGCAAGAUCAACAUCAGACUGUGCUACUGUAUCAGCAGCCAGAUGGUAGUGGCCCUGGAGUGGUGGUCUGGGACUGAAUGCACGCUCUACACAGACCCAAAGAGUUAUCCACUGUAUGGAAAUGAGAAUGCAAUUGCGGUUCUGAAUCACUGUUCUGAAAUCGACUUCCUGUGUGGCUGGACAUUUUGUGAAAGAUUUGGAGUACUUGGGAGCUCAAAAGUGUUAGCCAAACAAGAGUUGAGGUAUUUACCUAUUAUUGGAUGGAUGUGGUACUUCCUGGAGAUCGUUUUCUGCAAGAGGAAGUGGGAGGAGGACCGGAGGACAGUGGCUGAAAGUCUUCAGAACCUCCAUGAUUACCCGGAAAACUUUUGGUUCUUGCUUUUCUGUGAAGGAACACGCUUUACCCCAAAGAAGCACGAGGUCAGCAUGCAGGUGGCCGAGAGCAAAGGUUUACCCAAACUGAAGUAUCAUCUUCUACCCAGGACCAAAGGAUUCUGGGUAACUGUUCAGAACCUCAGAGGAACUGCUGCAGCUGUGUACGAUUGCACACUGAACUUCAGAAACAAACAAGCGCCAAGCUUACUUGAUAUUCUUAACGGAAAGAAAUAUCAUGCAGACUUAUAUGUGAGGAGGAUCCCUCUAGAGUUGAUCCCAGAAGGUGAGGCAGAGUGUGCUGCGUGGCUCCACAAACUCUACCAGGAGAAGGAUAGCUUUCAGGAACACUACACACAGAAAGGCUGUUUCCCCGGGCCCACAGUGACCCAUCCACGCCGACCCUGGGCUUUGAUCAACUGGAUUCUCUGGGCCUGCAUGCUCCUCUACCCCCUCGGUCUGCUACUGGUUCAACUGGUCAGCUCUGGAUCCAUACUGACCAUUUUAGUCUCUGUAACCGUCGUCUGUGCAGCUUCACUGGGAGGUCGCUGGAUGAUUGGCCAGACUGAGACUAACAGAGGCUCAAGCUAUGGGAAUAAGGAGGGUCCAUCAAAGAACAACUAAAGACUCCUGGCGUGAUCUGCGCUGCUUCUUUGCACAGCUCAUCUGAGUGUUUGAACAACGCUCCGACAGGACAAGUCCAACAAGUGCAAACCUGCCUGAAGGCACAAUGAGGUCAGGUCAGGAUUCAAAGCUAUGCUGCUGAAGCUCAAGAUCAUGAAACUAGACCCGGGGGUCGAGCUUCUUUUGGUAAACUUGGUGAUAGGAAUAUGAGGCGAGAAUACUGUCAAAAGCAGGAAACUCAAACUGUAAUUUUAAUUAAACCAAUGGACCAUGGACUACCUCUUUGAUUGUAAUUUAAAGCAGAAAUCACAUUUUAAUGUUAGAAUAUUUUGACAUUUAAAUUUUUCUAAAAACAUAUUGCUUUAUUAAAAGUGUUCUUACGCAUGUGUC